CACAGACACACACAUACAGGUUCAAGUUAUGCAGAGCAAUAUGAACAACGAGAAAACGGCUUGCCCCUCAGGUGCCCUUCCCCUGGGAGAUGACAGGCUGCCUGGUAGAGGAAGGAAGAAAAAAAAUUGUAUUUUAUUUUUCCAGUGAGCUUUACAGCUCAGUAAAGUCUUUGCCUAGUCGUGGGCAAAAAGCAUGAGACAAUAUUCUAAAGGAAGCCAAUGGCGAGGCUGCCUGCCCCCGUUGUAAGUUCUAAGAAAUGAGAUCAUUCCCUUGACUUGGCAGCUGGGACAAGGGAUCACCCCAGCUCUGUCUUCCAAUCUCGUCUACCCCGGUCACUGCAGGGUUAAAAUUUGGGGGUUUGCUUGAGGUAGGGUUUGCCUCUUCAUUUCUUUAUUUUUCAAUUGUGCGUUUGCUCUGGAAUAUAAAAUUGCUCACCCCUCCCCCGUGUAUGUUCCUUUAACGCCGUGAAGGUGUAUUCACAGAUGUAUCUUCAUGCCCAGUAAAAAGUUAAAUCAGAGACGAGAGCCUUAUUUUCUAUGGCAGAAUAAGUAUUUUAAUGUCUGCUAACCCUGUCACUAACACACAUUCUUUUAAGGGAAAAAAAUGCUUCUGUGCUCUAGUUUUAAAAUGCAAAGGUAUGAUGUUAUUUGUCACCAUGCCCAAAAAAGUCCUUACUCGAUAACUUUGCCAGAAGAGGGAGAGAGAGAGAAGGCAACUGUUCCCCCAGCUGUUUCCUGUCUACAGUGUCUGUGUUUUGUAGAUAAAUGUGAGGAUUUUCUCUAAAUCCCUCUUCUGUUUGCUAAAUCUCACUGUCACUGCUAAAUUCAGAGCAGAUAGAGCCUGCGCAAUGGAAUAAAGUCCUCAAAAUUGAAAUGUGACAUUGCUCUCAACAUCUUCCAUCUCUCUGGAUUUCUUUUUUGCCUCAUUAUUCCUGCUAACCAAUUCAUUUCCAGACUUUGCACUUCAGAAGCCAUGGGAAAAAUCAGCAGUCUUCCAACCCAAUUAUUUAAGUGCUGCUUUUGUGAUUUCUUGAAGGUGAAGGUGCACAUCAUGUCCUCCUCGCACCUCUUCUACCUGGCCCUGUGCUUGCUCACCUUCACCAGCUCCGCCACAGCGGGGCCGGAGACGCUCUGCGGGGCUGAGUUGGUGGAUGCUCUUCAGUUCGUGUGUGGAGACAGGGGCUUUUAUUUCAACAAGCCCACAGGGUACGGCUCCAGCAGUCGGCGGGCACCUCAGACGGGCAUCGUGGAUGAGUGCUGCUUCCGGAGCUGCGAUCUGAGGAGGCUGGAGAUGUACUGCGCACCCCUCAAGCCCUCCAAGUCAGCUCGCUCCGUCCGUGCCCAGCGCCACACUGACAUGCCCAAGGCUCAGAAGCAUCGGCCCCCAUCUACCAACAAGAAAGCAAUGAAGUCUCAGAGGAGAAGGAAAGGUGGGCCAAUGAAACACCCAGGAGGGAGGCAGAAUGAGGGGGCAGAAGCAUGUCAGCAGAUCAGAGGACAGAAGAAAGAGCAGAGAAGGAAGGCUGGAAGUAGAAACUCUGAACACAGAGGCCAAAGAGGAAAAUGGACGCAAGAAGUAGCACGCAGACAGAGGCAAGGGCAAUGAGAGAGAAACAGACAGCAGAAAAGAAAGCAGGAAACGCCAUAGAGGAAAUGAAGACACAUGGCCUGGUGGAGCGAGAUAACACAUGAUGGAAGGAAGAGGAGUAAACAUGCUGUAGAAUGUAGCUAUAAACAGUGGAGAAAAUGGAAAAGAAAAAUGUAAUACCCAAGAAAGUCCAAAGAAACCACAGUGCCAAGAAUGAAAAAAGAAAUAAAAGAAGGAAACAUGACACAACACCACCCCUCAAAAAAAAUUUUUUAAUAAGAGUAAAAAAAAAUGUAAGAUAAAAAAUCAAGGCAUUGAUAUGCAUUUCUUAAAAAUUUUAUAUGAAUCUAUUAUAGAAGAAUUGCCCAUGUCAAUAUAAGUCCAGAGUUAAAUAUUAGCCUAAAAUUCUCUGCAAGACUGAAUUGUGUCAUAGAAGUUCCCAGAUUUCCUUUCCUGCAGUGCAACUGGAGGCUGCAUUUCUUAGUCAAGUCCAGAUUUGGGGCCAAAGGACAUCCAGUAUUUGCUUAGUGGCCUGUGAGGCCUGUGAGGUAACCUGUGAGAGACAGUCACUGACCUUUGUUGUUUUUUUUUUUGCACUUUGGAAUUCUGAUGUCUGACUGCUGCCUUCUGAUUCUACCUCCUAGAAAUCUCUCUUUCUCUCAUGAGUGCGCACGUGCACACACACACACACACACACACACACACCUCUAGAUGUCUAGAUCUCA